AUGUACGAUGUAUCGUACAUUAAAGUUCACACUCGCAGAGUUCAGCCCGGCAUCAUUUGUUCCCAGUUCUGGGGUCACGGAGCAACGCCAAGGCGUGUGAAGAAACGGUAUGCAAGACUUCAUUACCGAAGGACAUCUACAUGUCGAUCAAUUCUACUGGUAAAAAUCGGGUCUAGAGGCACGCAAAUGUAUUGCUUUUUUCGCUAUGUACGAUAUAUGGUACAUAAGAAGGCACAAACAAAUGCCUGUUCUUUCCCACAACUAACUCGUACGAGCCCGAAGCCUAGCAGAUCGAUCUUCAGAGUCAACAGAACGACGCCGGCGCCGGGUGCGCACCUCUGUUGGCGUUGUCAGACAGGAUGUGCCACCCUGACUUGA